CCUUCCUACCCUUUACAUUUCCCACAACACAUCCCCUCAUCAUUCUCAUUCAUUCCCAUCAUUUUCUCCACCCUCUCUUCUCUUCUCUUCAAUCUUCCGCCACAAAAACAUACACUUAACCAAACAUAAAACAUAUUCAUGGCUAUCAGAAAAUCAGCAAAAAUGCCACAAACAGCAGUGUUGAAGCAAAUACUAAAGAGAUGCUCAAGUUUAGGUAAAAAACAGGGUUAUCAACAAGAAAAUGAGUUCCCAGAUGAUGUACCAAAAGGUCAUUUUGCAGUUUAUGUUGGUGUUAACAGAACAAGAUACAUUGUUCCUAUUUCUUUGUUAAGCAGACCAGAAUUUCAGAGUUUACUUCAUCAAUCUGAAGAAGAAUUUGGGUUUUGUCAUGAAAUGGGUCUUACUAUCCCUUGUGAUGAACAUGUUUUUGAGUCACUCACUUCCAUGCUUUUGAGAUAAUUAAUCAUAAUUUUUCCUAAUUAAUUAAUUAUCUCAAGGGAGGUUAUUUUUCCUAAUUGAUUAAACUAGGGGGGUACUUAACUUUAAAUUUCAGUAGCUCUUAAUCAUGUUUGAGUGAUGAGCUUGAGAACCCAAUUGGAGAUUAUUUUUUGUUUUUCAUGGGUUUUUGGUAGGAAUUUUGUACAUUUAAUUGGCGGGGAUAUGAUUUUGUUUUUUUUGGGUUCUAGGUUUUAUUAUAAUCAUUUUUUUCUCACGGUGGCUAGCGCUUGUUGGUAUGUUGCCCUGUGAGAGAAUUUAUGGAGGAAUGUUAAUGUUAAUCACAUGUUAUGAUAAAUGAGUAACAGAAGUAGCUUUUCUUCUUUUACUACUACUAUUACAGUUUUAUUACUCA